CUGAUCCAUUUGUUAUUGUUUGUUGCCGUGUUCCGCGUGGCGUGUGCCAUGCCGCCGUGCCAUGCCCGUCCCUCACCGUGACUUGGGGCCGAUCCUGCAAAAGCAUGGCUUCGGUGAGAUCAAGAAGAUCGGAGAAGGCUCCUUCGGAAAGGCAUUGCUGGUGCAGCAGGAGGAUGGCACAAAGUUGGUCUGCAAAGCAGUGGACGUUAGCGCUGCCUCUUCAAAGGAGACUCAGGAUGCCAUCAAGGAAAGCAGGCUUCUGGCUGCAUUGAAGCAUCCUUACAUUGUUCGGUACCGGCACAGCCUGCAUGAGCAUGGCUGGCUAUGUAUCUUUAUGGACUAUUGCGAGGGCGGAGAUCUCUCCAAAGUCAUCGAGUCUGCCAAGAGGAGAUCGCAGCGGCUGCCCGAAGAGCAAGUUUUGCGCUGGGUCACUCAAGCUUUGUUGGCGCUGAAGUAUAUUCAUGAAAGACAUGUGUUGCAUCGAGAUCUAAAGUCGGGGAAUUUCUUUAUUUGCCGCAGCGGCAAUUUGAAGAUGGGCGACUUUGGAAUUGCCAAGGUGCUGUCCAACACCCUUGCCUGUGCAAGGACCCAGAUUGGCACACCUUACUACUUGAGUCCAGAGGUUUGUCAGGAGAAGCCCUACGCCUGGCCUUCCGACAUUUGGGCCAUGGGCUGCAUUUUAUAUGAGCUUUGUGCGCUGAAGGUGCCCUUUGACGCGCCAAAUAUCUCGACUUUGGUCCAAAGGAUUUGCCGUGGGCCUACGCCCACCCUGCCAUCUUCAUAUUCCGACUUCCUGCGGCAACUCUGCACAGAAAUGUUGCACAGGAACCAGACACAGCGACCCAGUGCAGAGGCCAUCCUGCAAAGACCUCCCAUGCAGGCGAUGGUCAAAUUCAUGCUGGAGGAGGCGCAGGCUGCACAGGAAGGCCGUAUGAGCAGCGGUUCGCAGAAAAUGCAUGAACUGCCACCGCCACCUCCGCCUGUGGCUCCAUCUGUCACUGGUCCCUACGCAGAGUUUGCUGGCUCUUAUCGGAAGGGUGAUCUCAUCGAGUAUCACUCAAGCACCCACAAAGAAUGGCUCCCAGCUCAGAUCAUCGAUGCUGACCAAGACGGACGCAUCGUGAUUGACUUGAAGCCUGGAACGUGGAUUGCCCGCGCUACACAAGCGUUGCAAGUGAGGCCCAGAAGGAGCUCGCCUCCCCCGCCUCCGCCCGUGGCACCGCCCAUGCGACAGAAAAGCCCCAUGCGCCAAAUGAGCCCACGCCGCCAGCGAAGUCCGUCUGUGGGUCGUGCACGGGACUUUGGCCUUCCAAUGCGGGAGGCGUCGCCGUGGCACAGGGCUGGUAGCCGCGAGGUCUCCCCGCGAAGGCAACGAGAGCCGUCGCCCAGCAUCGGCAGUCCUUACUUGGAGCAAGCACCUCCGUUUGGCAGGCCAAGCCGUGCUGUGAACGCUGCAGGAGCUGCGAUUGCGGGCCUCUGAUCUCUAGUGACUCUGGUGUCUAGGGGCUUUUUGGCUUGCGAUCGUUGCCUCACACAGAAACCGACACACGAUGUCCGG